GGAUUCUGGGAGUCCCUGUCACACAUCGGCCCAGAUGGAGUACACCUGCUAUGUACUCAAGCCAAUGAUCAGCCCAUAAGGAAGUUUCUGCGGAGUAUACGCAACGCCAUAAUUAUUAACGCCAAAGAUCUCAGCAAACAUGCCAAAGGGCAAAGCCACUUCAAGGAAGCGACCAGCUUCACCCCGGCCCGCUCCAAAGAAGUCCAGUCGUCACAGUACACACAACCCGUCUGUGGAACAAGAGCCUGCAGAGUUGACACCCACCAUAGACUAUGAAAAACUGGCAAGACACAUCGUCCAGGAGCAGGCACGGGCCCAAAAUGCAAACGUUCCCCCAGAACAGACGUCUCCCAAUUCACGGCACCAAAUAGAUGGGACUUGCGAGGACAUACCCACCACUUCCAACCAAGCCAUUUCGAGUGACAAUGUCACCACCAUCCUUGAUGCAGUAUUUCAGGGUGAGUCGGCACGCAAUCCCACACCCAUUACAAUCAGUGAUAACAUACCCUUAGGGGCUACAGUCCCUAUGAAAACCAAGUGCAAAAUCUGGGCCAAUGAAUUUAUUGACCUCAGAACACUACUGCCCAAUUAUACAGAUGAUCCCCUUUCAAUCACCAUAAAGGCAGGGAAAAUUGAUGUAGAGCAGAGCCAAAAACAAAAGUCUCCGCUCUCCAUCAACCAGUGGAUUGAUGCUUUUAUAACAUUUAUGUCCAUAUACCUUCAGAGAUAUCCAGCGGAGGCAUGCAAUCUCCUAAAAUACUGUGCAUACAUCAGGGAGAUUAGCAGAUUGCAUGUUGACGAGGCAUGGCGGGGAUAUGAUGAAACUUUUCGCAAGUUAAGAGAAUCCUCCUUACUUCCAUGGCAGCAGCCAGUACCGGAACUGAGGUUGCGGGUUGCUGUCAUGGGACCAAAAUUCUCAGAUAAGUCCCAUCCCCCAUAUGCUAAGAAGUCUAAUUUUCGUCCCCAAAAGGUGUGUUUCGCCUACAACCGGGGUGAUAAAUGUUCAGUCUCCCCAUGUAAAUAUGUCCAUGUGUGUCAGGAAUGUGGCAAUAGACAUCCCAGAACAAAGUGUUUUGCUAAACCCAAGCCCCAGCCACACCAACCAUCCCGUACCUCUUCCAACCCCAGUAAAACCAGCAAUACUACGUAAGGAGCUACUAGGUUAUGAUUCAAAUAAAUCACAAUACUUAGUUGAGGGAUUUUGUAGAGGGUUUAGGUUAGGUUGUGUAGGCGCACCCUUGGGAUCUUCACCACAGAAUCAUAAGUCAACUAGGGACCAUGUGGAGGCCAUUAAUGAGUACAUAUUGAAAGGAAUACAAGCACAACGAAUAGCAGGCCCCUUUGAUAUCCACCUUUAACAAAUUUUGUUACAUCACCAUUAGGCAUUGUUCCCAAAUCAGAAGUAGGUAAAUAUAGAGUCAUUCAUGACUUAUCAUUCCCCGAAGGUCAGUCAGUUAAUACAUACAUUCCUCGUGAAAAUUCCGAAGUUCAAUAUGAUACGAUAGACAAAGUUAUUUCACUACUACAAUAUUUUGGGCGGGGGGCUUUUAUGGCAAAAUCUGACAUUAAGGAUGCUUUCCGCAUAGUGCCCAUACAUCCAUCAGACUAUCAUCUUGGGUUUACCUGGAAAAGUAAAUACUAUUAUGACCGCUGCCUCCCCAUGGGAGCCAGUAGCUCAUGCAAAAUAUUUGAGGAGUUAAGUCAGGCUCUGGUUUGGAUCAUGCUCAACAAAUAUCAUGCAUCGGGGAUAUCCCAUAUCCUUGAUGAUUUCUUUUUCAUUUCAUCCAGUGUCGAAAAAUGUCGGGAGGACUUAUCACGGUUCCUUUUUUUGUGUAACCAGGUUAAUAUACCUAUCAAUAUGGCCAAAACUGUUGCCCCUACAACACAGUUAAUUAUAUAUGGCAUCGAAGUUGAUUCUCUCGCCAUGGAGUGUAGGUUGCCCCAGGAGAAAAUUAUAAAAAUUAGCAGCAAGCUCAGUGAUUUCUGUCAUCGGAAGAAGGUACACCUAUGUGAAUUACAAUCCCUUAUAGGCCUGUUAAAUUUUGCUUGUACAGUGAUAGUGCCAGGUAGGGCUUUCUUGCGACGCCUUAUCGAUUUAACUUGCAACAUCUCAAAGCCCUUCCAUUUUGUUUAUCUCACCAAAGAGGCACGUGCUGACCUAAGUAUGUGGUUCCAGUUCAUCUCGCACUUCAAUGGAAAAUCAGUUUUCCUCCCUCAACAAUGGGACUCCUCUGAUUACAUAAGUCUGUACACGAAUGCGUCAGGGUCAAUUGGCUUUGCGGCAGUGUUGGUCGAAAGAACUUGAUCAUUUCCAGAUUGCAAUUAAGGAACUCUUUCCCAUUGUCUUGGCUUUAGAAAUAUGGGGAGGACAUUUACAAAAUAGAAGGAUUCUUUUUCUAACUGACAACAUGGCAAUAGUACAAAUCAUUAACAAACAAUCUAGCAAAGACAAAACUAUCAUGAGACUUAUCAGGAGGCUUGUGCUUGCUUGCCUUUACAACAAUAUUCACUUCAAAGCCAAACAUAUUAGGGGAAAAUUGAAUGUAAUUGCAGACAAGCUAUCUCGUUUUCAAUUCCAGGCAGCUCGGCAGCUAGCACCGUAUCUGGAGGAAUGUCAGAUACCCAUUCCACACUCUCUUCUACACAUUUAGCACAUGGGGCACGGACACUUUUAUCUGCAUCCUUGGCAUUAUCAACUCAAUUAGCGUACCGGCGAUCAUGGCAACUCCUGCAUACAUUUCAUAGGCUAUGUACACAAGAUACUUGCAUUACCGGACCCUACACAGAUGUUUAUUGUGAAAAAGAUACUAAGGGGUUGUCACAGGUUGUCUCCCACAGUGGAUUCACGCCUGCCAAUUACCAGAGAUAUCUUGCUUCAGAUUAUCAAGGCUAUACCCCACACCAUUUCUGUUUUGGAUUAUCGUAUCAUGUUAGAAGCCCUUUUCUCUAUUUGUUUUCAUGCUUUCCUUAGACUUGGUGAGGUCACAGUAAAACAAGGCAUUACAUCAGAUAAAGUCAUUCACCUUCAAGAUGUAGAGUUUCAAUACAAUGGCUCAACUCCCUCUAGAGUGCAAUUAGUAUUGCGCUAUUUCAAAACCCAAAAAAAUGAAGAAGCCUGUCACAAUUUGUGUAGAGGGCUCCCCCACACUGGACCAUUGCCCAGUCAAAACAUUACACCGUUAUCUGUCGCAUUCAGUCAUACAUCUGGUCCACUUUUUCAAUAUAGAGAUGGUUCUCCGAUUACGUACAAUUAUGUUUCCAAAGAACUUUCAAACAUCAUUAAGUAUGUGGGUCUCAAUCCUGCACUAUACAAAGGUCACAGUUUUCGCAUUGGGGCAGCAACAUAUGCAGCACAAAAAGGGUAUUCGGAGAAUUAUAUCCAACAAUUAGGUCGCUGGAACUCUAAUGCCUUGAAACGCUAUAUUCGCAUACCUACACUUUCUCUUUGAUCACUUCACCUCUCCUGAAUCAGCUCAUUCGUUGGUGAAGUUCAAAUAUUUUAUGCAGGUCAGUGUUUGACUGCUGCAUCAAGUUGUUGGCUUAUUUCACUCAUUGGCUGUACCCGGUAUCUUUCUAUGCAGGCCCAUUUUUCACCAUAUAUAACUUUUGCCAAAAAUGCCAGUGUCCUACUUCCCAAAAAAUGGGGUUUACCAUGCACGUCAAUGUUUAAGUGUCGCAAUUAUAAGGUCAUUAUGCAGGUCAGUGUUUAACUGCUGCAACAACGGGGGUUACCAUGCAGGUCAGUGUUUAACUGCUGCAACAAUGGGGUCACCAUGCAGGUCAGUGUUUAACUGCUGUGGAAAAAAACCCAAUCCAUUUCCCUUCCCACUUUAAAGUACCUGUUUUAGGCAUAUUUGCGUGCUGACUCACCAACAGGGUCCAACCGAAAUAUCCAUUAAUUACCUCCGUUAUGGUUGAAUUGUAGUUAGGUUUUUCACAACUUAUAUAUAUAAAUGUUUGAAUUUGUUGCACAAUUUACAAGACAGCUCACCUUGGAUGGCUCUGAAUAUGAUUUGUUAAUCAUAUCUUUGGCCCUUUUUGUUCGCCAUCUUUUUGCUUGUUGUACACUUUGGAACAAGUUUCCAAGGUCUGUAUUUUAACUAGUCAUUGUUUGUUAUUUGUGAUAAUCAUGUAUGGGGAAAAUCAGGACAGAUGUGUUGAAAUCCUAUGUAAUUACAUUGUAUGUAUCUACUGAUUUUCCCCUGUUUGAACUGGUCAGUACCAUAUUUAUUUGUGAAAUUAUCUAUAUGGGGGAAAUCAGAAAUGAUGGUUUGAUAUAUUGUGCAAGAUUAUGACAGUGUUCGUGGAUCGCUGAUUUCCCCCCUUCUUUGUAUGAACCUUUAUCUUCGUCAUUUGUUGUCUAAAAUAAAUGACAUAUUUCAUUCUCA